GCGGCUGCUGAUCCACCCCAUUAUCGUCCUUCAUUAGUGUCCUACCUAUUAUUUUUUAUUAUUUUUUAUUUUUUAUUACUAUCUUAUACCCGCCCGCCUCCACUACUGCCAAACUGCCAUGUCCGAACUUCCGCUGCUUUGAGAAUUUCAUCCCGACCGGAACAAAUUAUUCGAUGUACAACCACCAAUAUCACCAUCUCCUCUCCUUAUUAUCCUCCUCUCACCGGUCCCUGUCGUGACAGAGUCGGUCUCUGAUCGCACAUCUUCCGUGUGAUACCCAGUCUUGUCAAAUAAUGCCGGGUUCCCGAUAAUCCCUUUCAUUCGCGAUCAUGGUAAUUUCGGAAUCCCCAGACGAGCGUGACCGCAGGAUCGCGGAUCUUUGGGAGAGUCUCGGCGUUUCCAAAAGUGGCCGUCUGGAUCUCAAUGGUCUCAAGAAGGGUUUAAAGAAAAUUGAUCAUCCGCUCAAAAAUGCGGAUAGUAUGCUGGGGAAUGUCUUGCAUGCGGUCGAUACAAAUGGGGAUGGGUUUAUUGAUUAUUCUGAAUUUCGUGCCUUCGUCGACCAUACCGAAUACGGCUUGUCGCAGCUUUUCCAGAAUAUCGAUCGGAACCGGAACGGGGAAAUCGAUAAGAACGAGCUCAAAUCCGCCUUUUCAAACUCCGAGGUGACCGUCUCGAGCGCCAAGCUGGAAGCCUUCUUCAGCGACGUCGACACGAAUAAGGAUGGGGUCAUUUCCUACGAGGAAUGGAGGGAUUUCCUGCUCUUCCUGCCCGCCUAUUCCUCCAACCUGCACGCCAUUCUCUCAUACUACACGGCCACGGGAAAUCUAAACCCGGAAGGAGACGUCCACAUCAACGAUCUACAGGGUUUAGGUACAGACCACUCGUUUCCUAAACGUAUCCUCUUGGCCAUCAAAAGCUUUUUGUACAAUAUCCCGGUGCCUGCGUUGGCAGCCCUCAUCCCGUCCGCCCACGCAGAAGCCCCGGGCUCCGGCCAUGAUGAUUUUGUAUCCUUAGAUGGUGACUCGGAAUUGGAGUGGCUACCCAUACCAAGGCGUGUCGCCAUGUGGAUGUCCUUUCGAUAUUAUGAACAGAAGUUGACCGAGAACACUCCUCAAUUAGGUUAUUUCAUUGCGGGUGGGAUUGCGGGCGUCGUUUCGAGAACGGCGACGGCCCCUUUGGAUCGCCUCAAGGUCUAUCUGAUCGCCCAGACCGGCAUCCAGUCGUCCGCCGUUAGCGCCGCCAAGGAUGGUGCGCCGCUGGAAGCCGCGGGGAGAGCAUCACGGACGUUGACCGAUGCUGUCAAGGAGUUGUGGCGGGCCGGAGGGGUGCGGAGUCUGUUUGCAGGCAAUGGAUUGAAUGUGGUGAAGGUCAUGCCCGAAUCGGCCAUCAAAUUCGGAGCCUACGAGUCUGCGAAACGUGCAUUUGCUCGCAUGGAAGGUCAUCAUGACCCGAGGAAACUGUCACCGGUCUCCCAGUUUCUCUCUGGAGGCUUCGGCGGAAUGGUUGCCCAAUGUUUCGUUUAUCCGCUCGACACGUUGAAGUUCCGCAUGCAGUGUGAAACCGUUGUAGGAGGCCCGAAGGGCAACAAGUUGAUCGCCGCCACCUUUCGAAAGGUGUGGAAUAAGAACGGUCUCUUCGGUUUCUUCCGCGGCCUGCCGCUAGGGAUAACGGGCAUGUUCCCCUACGCGGCCAUCGACCUGUCUACCUUCGAAUACCUCAAGCGCACCUUGAUCGCGCGCAAAGCUCGCCUCCACCACUGCCACGAGGACGACGUUCCCCUAAACAACUUCACGACCGGCGGGAUCGGUGCACUGAGCGGAGGUCUGAGCGCAUCCGUCGUCUACCCGCUGAAUGUCCUCCGAACAAGACUCCAGGCGCAGGGCACCAUUCUCCACCCCGCCACCUACUCCGGGAUAGGCGAUGUCGCGCGCAGAACGAUCCAGACCGAAGGCUUCCGGGGCUUCUACAAGGGCCUGACGCCAAACCUUCUCAAGGUCGCUCCCGCGGUUUCCAUCAGUUACGUCGUCUACGAAAACGCGAAACGCAUGCUCGGCCUGAAAUAAGUUAACCAAAGGGCUAACUGCGCCGGGGCCGCUCACCCACUCCCGCCGUCAUAUAUCCUCGAUUACCGUCUCGUUUUGCUUGAUCUUUAGACCUUUUCAAGAUACCCUACAGCCAAUAACAGACUUAUGGCACCGUAUGCUUUGCAUGGCUCUAACCACGCAACCUCAUCACCCCCCGCGUCGCAGCCAGCCAGCCCAGCGCUCCCACCCAUACAUAUCCUCCUGCAUCCUGUCGGGCCGUCUACCGUUACAAAACCAGGCCAUUGUUUCGGGGAAAACGCGCGCAGAUCGAACGGCCACUAAACAACUGUUUGCAUACCUGUCACACAAACAUACACACCCACCCACCCUCGCAUGGCAAGGCGUCGUGCGGCAAAGCAUAUUGGAGUUUUUCUUUUUUAUUUUCUUUUCCUUUCCAUUUCAUCAUAUUCUUUUUGCUACCAUCUCGUUGUACACUGGAUUCCCCUGGUUGAUCUGUGGAAUACACAGAGCCCACAUACUAUUAUUAUUAUUGUUUACUUUUUUCCCUUCAUCUUUUGGGGAGUGUAUUUAGAGACAUAUAUUGGCAUUACUGCCUUGUUUGAAUAAAAUGGGGAGAUAUUAUGAUAUAGAA